GCUUAGGAGCUAUGGCUUCCUUCAGCAACCUGACUGUUGGUAUUGCUGUUGCCAGUUUUGCUGUAUUUCAGGUCCUGUUCCAUGUUUUAAGUUCUUGGGUAUCGACACGAAUAACUCCUGCUUUUAACAAGCUCAGCCAAAAAAGGAAGAUUGAAUGGAAUUCAAGGACAGUGUCCACAUUCCAUGCCUUGGUGGUUGGUGGUUUUUGUCUGUAUAUUUUGUUGUACGAUGAAGCUGUUAAUGCCGACCAUAUCUGGGGUGACCCUUCAAUAGUGAAACUGAAUAUUGCUAUUACCACAGGCUACCUCAUUUCUGAUUUGUUGCUUAUUAUUUACUACUGGAAAGCUAUUGGUGACAAAUAUUUUGUAAUACAUCACUUGGCAGCUCUGUAUGCUUACUCCUUUGUACUGAGCAGAGGAUUGUUGGCUUACUUUGCGAACUUCCGUCUGCUUGCGGAGUUCUCCACUCCUUUUGUGAAUCAGCGGUGGUUUUUUGAAGUAUUAGGAUAUCCCAAAUCUUCCAAGGCCAACAUCAUCAAUGGUGUGUUAAUGACAGUUGUGUUCUUCGUGGUGAGGAUUGCAGUCAUACCUAUGUACUACAGCCGUGUGUUUUCUGCAUUUGGAACAGAGGCUUUUGAGAGGUUAGGAUUUGAGGCCCAGAGCGCCUGGAUUAUCUCGAGUGUUGUUUUGGAUGUCAUGAACGUGAUGUGGAUGGUCAAAAUUACAAAAGGAUGCUACAAAGUUAUUCGUCUUAUUGGACGGGAGGAGGCCAAAACCCAUAAAAAUGGGAAAUCUGACUAGAAAU